AUGCGUGAUUCAAAGGAGGAAGUAGAACAACUUUGUCUAAAGCUCCAAGAAUCAACCAAGCUCAAACGCAAUGGUAAAUGUAUUAAAUUCACCAACUAUGCACACAACACCACCAUUGCUAUCGAUUCAUGGAAAUUUCUUGAUUUCGAUUAUGGUAAAGACAAAGUACGAUUACCAAUUCAAGCUAGAGGGUUGUUCACCAUCAACAAUGAGUACAUAGUGGUGCGUGGAUACGAUAAGUUUUUCAAUGUUGGUGAAAAGAGUUUCACCAGGGAAGAUGACUUGAAAAAGACAUCAGGUCCUUAUGAUGUCACACUAAAAGAAAAUGGUUGUAUCAUAUUCAUCAGUGGGUUACCCACAGGCGAUAUUCUAGUUUGUUCGAAACACUCUACUGGGUUAAGAGACGACAACACAAGGAACCAUGCUUUAGAAGGUGAAGCUCAAUUACGUCAACAUUUGGGUGACGAGAGAAUGGGCCAAUUAGCACGCUAUUUGUACAAGCACAAUUUGACCGCGGUAACUGAAUUGUGUGACGAUGAAUUUGAAGAGCACGUGUUGCCCUAUCCAAAGGACAAGUCGGGCCUAUACCUACACGGUUUGAACUACAACACAAUUAAAUUGCAAACUGUGCCAAUAGGUGAAGUGGUCAAGUUUGCACAAGAAUGGGGCUUCAAAACUAUUGAAUAUCUUCUGUUUAACGACGUUGAUGCCCUUUUCAAAUUUCUUCACAAAUGCAGCGAGACCGGCACCUACAAUGGACGUGAGGUCGAGGGUUUCGUUGUUCGUUGCAAACGUAAUGGCGAUGACUUCUUUUUCAAGUAUAAAUUCGAAGAGCCAUAUUUGUUAUAUCGUCAAUUCCGUGAAGUCACGCGACAAAUGUUGAAUGGUACCCCUUCUCAUUCUGUAAAGAUUAAAAAGAACAAGUACAUCACUAAGAAAUAUCUUGAAUUUGCUGACAAGUUAUUCACUGAAAAACCGAAAUUAAAAGAGUGUUUCCAACAGGGCCACGGUAUUAUCCAUGUUCGUCAAUUGUUUUUGCAAGAUUUGCAUGAGACCAAUGGUAUGAACUUGUUAACAAUUGAUGCAAAACUCACGGAGGAGAUGAAGAAUCUAGAUUUAGAGGAUGAAAAUACCACGAAAUUUUUACUUGUGUCUAUAUCUACAUUAGGUUGCGGUAAGACCACCGUGUUCAAUACGUUGCAUUCAUUAUUUCCCGAUUGGAUUCACAUCCAAAAUGACAAUGUUGCCAAAAAAGCCAAGCUAAAAAUUACCGACUUGGCCUUACAAGCUUUAGAUAAUUACCCGGUGGUGAUAUUUGAUAGAAAUAACUCGGAAUAUAGAGAAAGGAAACAGAUAUUCACCACGAUUUCAGAAAAGAGACAUUUAUACUUGGAUGAUGCGAUCAAUAUCAAGUAUAUUGGUAUCAAUUUUGUUCAUGAUGUGAGUCAGGAGGAACUUUGGCGCAUCACAUAUGAUAGAGUGAAAAAGAGGGGCGACAACCAUCAACUGUUGAAGGCAGCCUCGGAUGCAGAAUUGACGACCAAAGUAAUGAAGGGGUUUAUGUCACGGUUCGAACCAGUGAAUACCGAGCGUCUUCCGGACUCUCAAUUUGACCACGUGAUUAACUUGAAGUUAAAUGAGAAUGAUUCUUCGUUGGAAAAUGUAAAGAUCAUCAUUGAUGAAUUGUCAAAGGCGUAUCCUCAGUUGGUCAAGAAUCGACCAACAGACGAGGAGAUUGAGGCAAGGUUCCGAGAGAGCUUGGAGUAUAAGCCAACUUUCACAAAGAAUAUGACAUCCAAUGGCAAGAGAUUGGACCCAACAUACUAUGCAAUCUCAAUCGACCGACAACAUGUUGAGGAUUUGUUUUAUGACCUCAAUGAAAACGAUGAGUUUAAUCGAUUGAAAAAUGAAAAGCUAGUGCAGGAAACAUUCCAUGUUACGCUAGCUCAUAUAGCUAGUUCAACUUUACCUGGAAAUAAAGCCAAGUGGAAAAAAAUCAAGAAAUUGUUGGUUAGUGGCGAAGGUAGGCAAGGAGAAAGAAAUGUGCUCGAGUUCCACGCCAAAGUGAGGCUUGUUCAAUUCGUGUUCAAUAGGGGCAAGCUCAUCUGCAUCAAAUGUGAAAUUAUAUCAAUCCAUCACAACAAAAGUAAUGAAGUGGUUGAAAUUGAACCUCUUAAUAAACAUACGCACAUCACAGUGGGAUGUUUUCCACCUACAAAGCCAGUUGAAUCAAAUGCGACUUUGGAGGAGUUAUACGGCGAUGAUUCAAAGCAAAUAAAACAAGAUGGGGUUUACGAAGUUGGGGAAGAUGUGAUUGAGGUCAAAAAAUUGACCACUGAUGUGGUAUUGGAGAAUCAGAAGCUAUUUGUGUAUUAUUAG